AUGAAAGAUAUUCUAUACGCUUCUGUUGUUGGAAGCUUGAUGUAUGCACAUGUUUGUACAAGACAUGAUAUUUUAUUUGUUGUUGGAAUGUUGGGAAGAUAUCAGAGUAAUCCAGGUCUUGACCACAGGAGAGCUGCAAAGAAAGUCUUAAGAUACCUUCAAGGGACAAAAGACUACGUGCUUAUGUACAAACGAUCAGAUGAUUUGGAAGUCAUUGGCUACUCUGAUUCAGACUAUGCUGGCUAUGUUGAUACACGCAAAUCAACUUUAGGAUACAUUUUUAUGUUAGCCGGCGGAGCUAUAUCUUGGAGGAGUGCCAAACAGACUCUGAUUACAACUUCCACUAUGGAGGCUGAGUUCGUUUCUUGUUUUGAGGCUACCUCACAAGGUGUAUGGUUGAAGAGUUUCAUUUCUGGGCUUAGAAUUGUCAACUCUAUCUCUAAGCCAUUAAGAUUAUAG